GCAAGCAGCCUUAAAACCCCAACUCAAGCACAAUCAACCACCGCGGUCACCUCAUCACCAUCAACCAGUCCGGAAUACGCACUCGAGGACCAACAGGUGUACAUACAUAGCAGUCAAGCGACCGCCGCCCAAUCGACAGAUCCUAUCAUGUUGACCACGCUUCGUCAUCGUCAGCGAUGGGCUUUCUCCCGCCAUGCGUUUGGUUCCUACGGCACUCUCCAGAAAACGCAUGCCAGUUCCUCAUCCCACCCUCUGAAUCAUCCCCAACAUCAUCCGCCGCCAUUCUCAAGAUCAGUCGAAGGGAUAAGUCGAACCAACGAUCGUCUCCAGUCUACUCAUGAUCUGUUUUCCAUGGAUCACCAAUCGAACCAAUCAAGAACAAAUUCACUCAUCAUCCCCUCUUAUUCUCACUUUCUUACAACUCAACAGUCAGAACCAUACCAGCAAAUCUUUCAGCUUUCAUCCUCCAAUUCUUCUUCCAAGGAUAAUCCUAACAAUAAUCAAUCUCCAGCGGGAGCGUCCUCCGGAAAUCCCUCCUCACCAGGGGGCCAAGACGGUGCUAACUCAAAUGACGAUCCUCCUCAAAAGCCUCCGACGUCCAUAUCUAAGCCCACAAUACCUGAAGUCUAUCCCGAGGUGCUUGCCUUACCGAUCACCCGUCGACCACUCUUUCCUGGUUUCUACAAGGCCGUCAUAAUCAAGAACCCUGAUGUGAUCAAAGUGGUUAGAGAAAUGAUGAAACGGGGUCAACCUUACCUGGGCGCGUUCCUGCUCAAGAAUUCUGAAUCAGAAACCGAUAUCAUUUCCGAUCCUGAAUCUGUUUAUAAAGUCGGUGUGUUUGCUCAGAUUACUAGCAUCUUUCCUACUAACUCAGCGAAGAAAGAUCACCCCAGCAACCUGUCGAAGACCGCACCGAAAGACGACGAAACAGAUGAGUAUGCUGACGGUCUGACUGCUGUCCUCUAUCCUCAUCGAAGAAUCGAGAUCACCGAACUCUUGGUUCCCGAAGUUGAUCCAUCUGAUCCCGCAAAAGUCAAACACUCCAUCCAACCUGUCAAACCUACACCGAUCGCACCCGUCAAAGAGGAUCUUAUAGUAACAGAUAAACUUACCGAUUCCUUGCCGGAGACUUCUACGACCACCUCACCAAAUCCUUCAAUACUCAAGCAGUCCUCUUCCUCCACCCCGAAGGAAAACGAUCAUCCCACGGCAGAAUCGGACGAAGAGUCCUUAACUUCAGCUGCACUACUUCAAACCAGUUUCCUUAAAGAGCAUCAAGUCUCAUUGGCAAACGUGAAGAACUUGUCAUUACAACCAUUCAAAAAGAAUUCACAAGUCAUUCGGGCCAUCGCAUCUGAAAUUAUCAACGUAUUCAGGGAUAUUGCGACGUUAAACCCGCUUUUUAGGGAUCAGAUUGCCAACUUCAGUAUCUCCCAAGGAUCUGGAAACGUUUUUGAGGAUCCCGACAAGUUGGCCGACUUUGCAGCUGCAGUCAGCACAUCACCCAGCUCGGCAGAUGGCAGUGAAUUUCAUUUUAACGAAUUACAGGAGGUCCUAGAAUCUAUGGUUUUAGAGGAAAGGCUUCAAAAGGCUCUGUUUGUUUUGAAACAAGAACUGAAGAAUGCGGAACUACAAUCGAAAAUCUCUCGCGAAGUGGAAUCAAGGAUCACGAAGCGUCAAAGGGAAUUUUAUCUGAUGGAACAGCUCAAAGGCAUUAAGAAGGAGCUCGGAAUCGAUGGGGAUGGGAAGGAUAAACUGAUCGAGAAAUUCAAAGAGAAAGCCCAUGGACUGAAUAUGCCUGAGUACGCCAAAAGUGUAUUUGAUGAAGAACUUAGCAAGCUCCAGACUUUAGAGCCACAGGCUAGUGAGUUCAACGUGACCCGAAACUACUUGGAUUGGUUAACAUCGAUUCCUUGGGGCCGACACUCAGAAGAGAAUUUCGAUCUUCAGCACGCCAUCAAGGUCUUGGACGAGGAUCACUACGGUCUGAAAGAUGUCAAAGAUCGGAUCUUGGAAUUUUUGGCAGUGGGAAAGCUUCGAGGAACUGUUGAAGGUAAAAUCCUAUGUUUGGUGGGUCCACCGGGUGUAGGUAAAACAUCGAUCGGGAAGUCGAUUGCCAGGGCUCUAGAUCGACAAUUCUUUAGAUUCUCAGUUGGCGGUUUGACGGAUGUCGCUGAGAUCAAAGGUCAUAGAAGAACUUACGUCGGGGCCAUGCCUGGAAAAGUAAUUCAAUCUCUCAAGAAGGUUCAAACCGAAAACCCAUUGAUACUGAUAGACGAGAUCGACAAGGUUGGCAAAGGCCAUAAUGGCGAUCCGUCUUCGGCAUUAUUAGAGAUGUUGGACCCAGAGCAGAACAGCAGCUUUCUGGAUCAUUACAUUGACAUUCCUAUCAACUUAUCCCGAGUCUUGUUUGUCUGCACAGCCAACGUGCUCGACACUAUACCGGCACCUCUCUUGGAUCGAAUGGAAGUCCUGGAGGUCAGUGGAUACGUCACAGACGAAAAGAUCAACAUCGCCAGCAAGUAUCUUUCACCUCAAGCUAAAGAAUCUUGCGGAUUUGGCGACUCGGAUGUCAGUAUCGAUCAAUCCGCAAUCGAUACACUGAUACGUUACUACUGUCGUGAAUCUGGAGUCCGGAAGCUGAAGCAAAACAUCGAGAAGGUGUAUCGUAAGGCGGCCCUGAAGAUUGUACGAGAGCUUGGCGAGAAGGUCUUACCAGAAUCGUCUGCGGAAUUCGUUUCGCCACCGAACGAUACAUCGACUGUGAAAGGAGACAGUGUGAUAAAAUAUGAUGGCGAUCUCCCGGCAUCUCAAUCAAGUAACGAGUCAAGUUCAUCCUCUAGUUCACAGCCCUCAUCGUCAUCAUCAACAUCAUCAACAUCAUCUUCAGCUUCAUCAUCUUCGACCUCUACCGAUUCAGCCUCCGAGAAAUCCAAGUCAACUGGAAGUGAAAGGCGGACGACGACGGAAGUCCGAAAACCACUGAAGCUACCCAAAGACCUAUCAAUUCACAUCAGUCAAGAGAAUUUGAUUGAUUAUCUUGGUCCUCCGAUUUACCAGAAGGAUCGAUUGUAUACCACCCAAUGUCCGAUCGGAGUAUCACAAGGACUGGGGUACACAGGUAAUGGAUCAGGAAGUUUGAUGCCGAUCGAGGUGAAGUUGAUGCCUGGAUCAUCCGGGGGAGGGUCGUCGAUCCUUCUGACGGGCAAGUUGGGCGAAGUGAUCAGAGAAUCGGCCCAGAUCGGCUUGAGCUUCUUGAAAUCUAAUGCGCGCAACUUGGGCCUGACCUCCGAAGAUCAUCAGGAUCUCUUGGAGAAAAAAUCUCUCCACUUGCAUAUGCCCGAAGGCUCGAUCGGUAAAGAAGGCCCCUCCGCUGGAACGGCAAUCUUGGUCGCUUAUCUUUCUCUUUUCUCGAACUUUCGAAUUCGCUCGGAUUUAGCUAUGACGGGUGAGAUGACUCUAGCGGGCCAAGUUUUACCAGUGGGAGGCUUAAAGGAGAAGAUCUUAGCAGCCCAUCGGGCGGGGAUCAAGAAGAUCUUAGUACCGGCGGCCAACAAGCCAGACAUCGAACACAACGUUCCUGAUUCAAUCAAGGAGGGAAUCGAGAUUGUGUAUGUGGAGGAUGUUCGCGAAGUCAUCAAACAUGCAUUCCAUGGUCACCCUAAAAUUUUGAAUAACUUAGAUAAAUUAGAAAUGGUUGAUUUGUCAAAUUAGAACAUCUUUUUUAUUUCAAAACU